CGACGUUUUAGUAAAGUUAGCUUUACUAACUUUUAGAUCCGCUUUGCUUGCUAGCUAGGCUAACUUUAUGGCUGUCCAGCUAUUCAGAGCCUUGAGUCGAACUCUCUACUUUCUACAGCGAUAGUUAUUCCACAGCUAAAGUCGGAGCCGCAGAUAUGUCGAUCGUGACCGUUCAGCUGGGGCAGUGUGGUAACCAGGUCGGUCAGGAGCUGUUCGAUGUUAUCAGCAGCGACACGAACGACGCGCAGAAAUAUAAACCCAGUGCCCAAGGAAAAGCGUACGAUGCCUGCAGUCAGGAAAGGUUCUUCAACGAGUCCAUAACGGGAGAGCUGUCCGCCCGCGCAGUGCUCAUUGACAUGGAGCCCAAGGUGAUCGCUCAGGCCAUGGCAACAGCUGCCAAGUCUGGCCGGUGGAAGUAUGGCGAUCAGUCAUUCUUCUGUCAGAAACAGGGCUCAGGAAACAACUGGGCGAACGGGUUCUGCGUCCACGGGCCGCGUCACGAGGAGGCGGUGGCGGACCUCGUGCGGAGAGAGGUGGAGCGCUGUGAUAGGCUGGCGGGGAUCCUCACCUUGAUGAGCGUGGCGGGGGGCACGGGGUCUGGAGUGGGCACCUACGUCACCCAGUGCCUCAGAGACGCAUACCCGCACUCUUUCAUCCUGAACCAGCUGACCUGGCCCUAUGGCACCGGAGAGGUGAUCGUGCAGAACUACAACUCGGUCCUCACGCUGUCUCGCCUGUACCAGUGCUCCGACGCCGUCCUGGUGCACGAGAACGACACGGUGCACAGGAUCUGCGCCCAGCUCAUGAACAUCAAGCACAUCUCCUUCGGCGACGUGAACAAGGUCAUCGCCCACCAGCUGGGCAGCGUGCUGCAGCCCGCCCUCACGGACGAGACACACAGCCAGUACAGCAGGAACCCCAUGGGUGAGCUGACGGCUGGCCUGGUGUGCCACCCUGAGUACAGGCUGCUGAGCGUGUGCAGUAUUCCUCAGAUGCCCAGCUCCUCCCAGGCCUACAGCGCCUUCACCUGGCCAGGCCUGCUCAAACACCUGCGCCAGAUGCUCAUCACGAGCGCCAAGAUGGAGGAAGGUAUCGACUGGCAGGUGCGGGCACCGCCUGUGGGACAGGGGACUGCAGAGAGACCCAGCGGCUUCAACAGGUCCCUGGCCAACCUCCUGAUACUGCGAGGCAAGGAUGUCUCCAGUGCCAGUGCGUGUGGCUUUAUGGACCCCGCGCUGUAUUGCCCCUGGUUACCAGCAGAGGGAGCCUUCAGCGCUUGGAGAUCGCCGCUUCCGUUCAACAGAUACGAGAAGUCAGCGACACUGGUCAGCAACAGCCAGUCUCUGCUCAAGCCCCUGGACCUGAUGGUGGGCAAGGCGUGGAACAUGUUUGCAUCCAGGGCGUACAUUCAUCAGUACACCAAGUUUGGAAUCGCAGAGGAGGACUUCCUGGACAGCUUCACCUGCUUGGAGCAGGUCAUAUCCAACUACAGACACCUGUAAUCAGAACCUGUGGAGCAGGUCAUAUCCAACUACAGACACCUGUAAUCAGAACCUCUGGAACAAGUCAUAUCCAACUACAGACACCUGUAAUCAGAACCUGUGGAGCAGGUCAUAUCCAACUACAGACAUCUGUAAUCAGAACCUCUGGAGCAGGUCAUAUCCAACUACAGACACCUGUAAUCAGAACCUGUGGAGCAGGUCAUAUCCAACUACAGACACCUGUAAUCAGAACCUGUGGAACAGGUCAUACCUAACUACAGACACCUGUAAUCAGAACCUCUUUAGCAGGUCAUAUCCAACUACAGACACCUGUAAUCAGAACCUGUGGCAUUGACUGGACAGUGGAGACGUGCUGGCACAGAUUGGUCCAGGACCACGUUUACCCUACUGGAUAAAGGCAGCGUGUCACUGCGUACAACUGCAGACUGGAACUGAAGCUCUCAUACUGAGUGCUCUGCCUAAACCAGAGGAGUAAAUCACGCAUGGGAUUUUCUGCUUCUGACAUGCUGGCUGCAGUCUGCAGACAGGGCUUUCCGUUUCCAGACUAUCCUGUACUCUGUUUCUGUGACGCAAAUAGAGAUGUCGUAACCCUGUUUAUAUUUUCUACAUUUGUGCAUUUGGCAGACUGCAUAUCUAAUAUUUGUAUGUGUGCUUAUUGAACAUGUUUUGUGGAAGAAAGUUGUUGAUGUUUUUUGCUUAAAAGUUUGAUAAAUUAUUGCAAAUUAAGAUUUUAUUAAAAAAAACACAUGAUAAAAACUUAAUAUUUUGCACUGACACUUGAAUAAAUAUGUUUCCCGGUA